AUGUCAAAGGCUACCGUAAAUAAUAUAACUAAUCUAUUCAUAGAUAAAUCUAAAGCUCCAGAUAAUGGAGAUUUAGGAAUAAUGAAUUUGGGGAAGAACUGUUUCUUUUGUCAACAACUUGAUUUUUUACCAUUUCAAUGUGAGUACUGUGGUGAAACUUAUUGCUCUAAUCAUAGAAAUGUAGAAAUUCAUAAAUGUAAAGGUAUAGAUAAAUUUAGAAAUCAAUCACCUCCAAGAAGUCCUAGUCCAACCAAUUCAAAUUCUUUACCAAGUUCUAAAACUUUAUUCCCCGAUCGUCAAGCUCAUAAACGUCAACUUGAUGCCAGUUUAAUAGAAUCUCAAAAUAAACCAAGAACAUUACUACAGGAAACUCAAUUUAGAGUAGGAGAUGUAGCCAAGAAGACUCCUAAUGCAUUCAAAAAAUUACAAAAGUUUUUACAAUUUCAAAAAACUAAGACAUUAAAAAGUUCUUCAAGUAAUAAAAUUGUUGAUCUUUCUCUUUUGAAGAAACUGGCAAAGGGUGAUACUAAAAUUCCAACUGCUGAUAAGGUAUAUGUAUGGUGCUUAUUCUUAAAUUAUAAUGAAGACCAAUUCAAUAAGGUUAAUGUUGAUAAAGAUCGUAAACCGUUAUAUGUUUCAAAGAACUGGGUCAUUGGUAGAGCAUUAGAUUCAAUUGCUAAUGAAUUACAUAUCCCUAAUAUUAAUAAUUCAACAUCAAAUAUUAAUGAGAAAUUAAAUAUUUUCAAAUUAGACGAUAAGGGAGAACCUAUUUUAGUUAAAAAUAAUUUAAAGUGA